CGUCCAGUACUCCCCUCGACUUCUCAAACAAAAAUUCUCCCAUUUAGUUCGCACUAACCGUUCAUUCCCUCGACUUCGUAGUCAUCUCUUCAUCUCCCCUGCUCCGACAAACAAACUUCUCCAGCAUUUAGAAUAAAUCUCUGCCCCGCACUACUUUUCACUCGCAAGUCUCCAUUUCCGACAACUUCCACCAUUGCUGACCUGCUCGACCUCCUCUCCGAAGUCAUCUCCCACACCCUCCAUCUCUGACUGGCCUCAUUCCCUUCUACGACCUCAUCGCCCCUGCAUCGGCCCUUAUUCAAAGAUUAAAGGAGUGAGUGCUCGACAGAAUGCCACAACAGAAUUUGCUUGCGUAUUAAUGGGUUUAUUUGUAUUAUUAAUGCCACAUUAGUUUAUUAAUGUGUAUAUAGGAGCAGUUUAACCACUUCUUACAUUUGAGUUUUCUCUUCUGUCAAAUUCUUCUGUUUGAAAUAAGCUGUAGUGGUGAAUAUAUUUGUGUUUGAAAUCACGCUUCCUUGAUAUAUCCCUUGAUAUAUCAGUGCCAAGAACCUUUCAGAAAACAUAUUUUUUCAUUAUAAAUUGUUAAGAGUAUCCAUUUCUUCCUUAGCAACAACUUAAAGGCUGAUAAUACCACAAACUGAAAUAUUAUAAGACUAGAAUCUUGUGGAGUGUUAUCAAUGCUUUUACAGUAGUCUUUUUCUUGUCCAUUCUAAAUGCUGGAAGGUCAUGAGCUCAAAGGAAUUAAACGCUGGAGGGAAACGAAAAAAAUUAAGGGAGACGGAAAAAUGGAAAAAAAAAACUUGAUUUACCUGAAUGAGGGCCGAUGCAGGAGUCGUGCGAGGCAAAGAUUUAUUCUAAAUGCUGGGCGGGUUUGUUUGUCGGAGCAGGGAAGAUGGAGAGAUGAAUGCGAAGUCGAGGGAGGGAAUGGUUGGUGCAAACUAGAGGAGAGAAUUUUUGUUUGUGAAGUUGAGGGGAGAACUGGACGUGGAGGAUAAAAUGGAUGGUGGGGGGAAGUGUUAUGUGACACUUUCAAAAGGGCGCUGCUACAUACAGUCCCCUAAAGGGGACUGUAUUGCAGUCCUAGAAUGGGAAAUGAUCAUAUUAUCCUCACUUUUGAACAUAAAUUUACAGUAUUACCCUUAUAAUCUAAAUCUGAACGUGGCCAACAUGGGAAAUGGCCAUACUAUCCCCACUCCAACAUGGGAAAUGGCCAUACUAUCCCCACUUUGUGAUAUGUUGUACGCCGUUUUCCUCUUCCCUGUGCGUGACUCUAGACCCGUUUGUUGAAGGCAGUACACCAUCGAUGGAUCUGCGCAGAGAGAACAACGGGGUUGUGAUUAUCAGUGGGAGCAAUGCGGAUAAGGAAGAUGUCGACGUCUCUUACGUUUUCGUCGGCGGAAGCAACUCUGUUUCCAACGAUCACGUUGAGCCGUUGGAUCUCAAUGGGGUUGCCGAAGUUGUGGUUGUUGAGAAUGGGGAUUGUAACGAGAAUAAUGGUGGUGGUGGUGGUUCAGAGGGUUCCAAACGUGAAAUUAAGGUGGGGCAAGUGAGAGGGAGCAAUGGCGCUGAGGAGGAGAAUGGGUCGGAAGCUGUUGGGGAAUUUGAACCAAAGGCACAUCCACUGCCCCAGCAGCUCGAGGUUGAAGAGCAAAUCAAGGUUGAGUCCUCUGAGGAUGCGCGACAGAUUAAGAGAUCCCAUCCUGUGGUUCCGGAUGCUGCUGAGUCUGAAUUAUGUAAGUCGUCCAUGCAGGUCCGUGAUGGCAGGGCACAGGAUAGUAAUUUAGACGCAACCGCUGAAUCUGAGAUGGUAGAGAUUGCUGGAGAAGAUGACGAUACGAAGCCUGAUUUGUCAACAGAAGGCAAGGAAAACACGAAUCUGGGGAUAUAAUUAGCAUGGAUGUUCAAAAUGAUUUUGUACAGGAGGAGGCAACAGAAUUAGAGACCAACGAGGCUCCUCUUGAAGAUGCUGCACGAGAGAACCUUGUGGUAGACCUCGGUGCGCACGUCCAUGGAGAUGGAGGACCCCGCUGCGCAAUUGGCGAAGAAGAGGGAGUA